AGUGACAUUCGUGUCCUCCGCUAAACUUGGUGCUUUAGGCGGAGUGUACUAUUAAAGUCGGAGCCCUGGAAGGCUUAAAAGUUCAAACCAUGGGCAACAAUGCCGCUACGGCGAAUAAAAAAGUAGAUUCCGCGGAGAGCGUAAAGGAGUUCCUAGACCAGGCGAAGGAGGACUUCGAAGAAAAAUGGAAGAGAAAUCCCACAAAUACUGCAAGUCUAGAUGAUUUCGAACGAAUUAAAACCCUUGGCACGGGUUCAUUCGGCCGGGUCAUGAUAGUGCAGCACAAACCAACUAAAGAAUAUUAUGCAAUGAAAAUUUUAGAUAAACAAAAAGUUGUCAAAUUGAAGCAAGUGGAGCAUACCUUGAACGAGAAGAGAAUUUUACAAGCUAUCAGCUUCCCUUUUCUUGUAAGUCUAAAGUUCCAUUUUAAAGACAAUUCGAAUCUAUAUAUGGUGCUUGAAUAUGUGCCUGGUGGUGAAAUGUUUUCCCACCUUCGGAAAGUUGGUAGAUUUUCUGAACCACACUCUCGUUUCUAUGCAGCUCAAAUAGUGUUGGCUUUUGAAUAUCUUCACUACUUAGAUCUGAUUUACAGAGAUCUGAAACCUGAGAAUUUACUUAUUGACUCCCAGGGAUAUCUUAAAGUUACUGAUUUUGGUUUUGCUAAAAGAGUUAAGGGCCGUACUUGGACUCUGUGUGGAACUCCAGAAUAUCUUGCUCCAGAAAUCAUCCUCAGUAAGGGUUACAACAAAGCUGUAGAUUGGUGGGCUCUAGGAGUAUUAGUUUAUGAAAUGGCAGCUGGUUAUCCUCCUUUCUUUGCUGAUCAGCCAAUACAGAUCUAUGAAAAAAUAGUUUCAGGAAAAGUUCGUUUUCCAUCCCAUUUUGGUUCUGACUUGAAAGAUUUGUUACGCAAUUUACUACAAGUUGAUUUGACAAAAAGAUAUGGCAACUUGAAAGCUGGAGUGAAUGAUAUUAAAGGUCACAAAUGGUUUGCUUCUACUGACUGGAUUUCAACUUUUCAAAAGAAGAUUGAAGCCCCUUUUAUACCAAGAUGCAAGGGACCUGGAGACACUAGUAAUUUUGAUGACUAUGAAGAAGAAGCCUUACGCAUCUCCUCAACAGAAAAGUGCGCCAAGGAAUUUGCAGAGUUUUGAAGAGUUGAGUACUAUAUAAUUUAUGUAAGUAGCCUUGCCACUGUCUCAGGCUAGUGACAGACUGCUGCCCGGGGCUCUUCCAUUAACUGGUUUGUGCUUGCUUGAUUGGUCCUCUGUACUUUCUAGAAGCUGGAGUUAACAGAAAAAAAAUAAUAAUUACAAGUUAAUAUUUAACAUCUAAAGAAGUGAGUAAAUGCAAUCUUAAUAUUCAAAAUGAAUAGGGUCAGAUUAAGUAUUUAUGUCUUAUGACAUUUGGAUACUGAUUUUUCUUUGUGUUUGUAAACAAUUCUGACAUUUAACAGAUCUGAUAUGCAGCUAAGCUGUUUGUUACUAAAAGAGACAUUUUUGCAAGAAAAAAGAAGAAAAAGUAUAGUUGCUUUGUUGUUGAGAAUUAGUUUAGAAAAACCAUUUUUUAAUGCUUUUUGAUCCAUUUAAUACCAUUAUGGUAGUGAUUUAAAUUUAACCUUUUUAAAAAGUAUAUGAUGUUAAAAAUCUAUUACCAGUUAAAGUUACUUUUAAAAAUAUUAUCUAGAGCUUCACUUUUUCAAGUAGCUAGGUUAUCGUUAUUUGUACUUAAAGCUAUUAUCAUGUCUGCUGCUACUGGAUCAGAUCUAUACUUUGUAGAGAGGUUGAAGCAUCAGCUUAUGUCUUUGCUCUAGCUCUGUUACAAGCCAGUCGCAGUGAAGAGGUUCAACCUUUAUUCUGUAUAUAUAUAGAAUUGUGUGCUUUACAUAAAUAGUAUUUUAAAUUUCAUAAAACCACAUCCUAAAAAAGUCAAUAUUUGAACCUUAUGUUUUUAUCUUCUCAGUUUAUACUACCAAAGAAAUUCAUAAUUUAUUAAUUGUAUAUAGCAAAGAAGUCCACUUGUAUUUGUUUUGAGAUAAAUUAAAAAAUCAUUUAGGUCUCUCAGAAAUCAACUUUUUACAUCUGCUUCUGCAGAUAACAUUUGAAGUGUGUAAGUCAAAUGCUUUAUAGUAUACAGUUAAAAAUUUGUAGGGUGAACUAAACUCAUUGAGUUAUUCUUUAUAUAUACCAAUAUAAUAUGUUUUACAUGACAGUACAUAAAAGAUGAAGCUAUUAACACAAACAUAUUCCCCUUGGGUACUUGGACAAGCAAUUUACUGAACAUAUCUAACUUAAAUUUCAGUAAAUGAUGGACUUGUUUUGUUUAUACAAUUAUUUAUUCUAUUUGAACCUUUGACAACAUUUAUUAUGUCAUUUUUGAUUCAAUAAAACAACAACCUCUCUUAAUUCAAAGACCUUGGGAGAAAAUAUUUGUAGAAAAAAUAAUAGCUUGGCAGUAUAUACUUGUUUUUUUGUCUAUUAACUUCGGCUUCUGUGUACUUUUUGAUAGCACUUUGAUACCAAGAAUUUAAUGGAGUUUUAUGUAUUUAACAUCAGCAAGUGUGUCAAUUUAUUAUUUAAUUUGAUAAAAAUGUGUAAUGGCUAGUCUGAAAUAGUGAUUUUUAGGGAUUUCACAAUUACCUAAAGGUAUCUAUAAUGUGUAAGACAUAAAUUUUUAUUUAUAUUUUAAGUUUCAAUUUAUUUUCUCUUCUUUUUGCUUGAAAAGGCAUAAGGGAUUGCUAAGAAUAUAUUGCAUAUAUAUGGUGUGUAAAUAGAACAGUCUUCAGAGCAAAGAAUUAAGGAACUAUUACUGUCUAGAAUGGCACAUUUUCAACAAUUUUUUUUUUUGGAUCUUAUCUAUUUUGUAUGGCAAUCAAUAUUAUAAACAUUUGAAGAUUACAAUUUUUUUUUAUUGUUCCUGUAUUUUAAAAAUUUUUCAUCCAAAAAUUACUGCUAUAUGGCAAACAGUUAAGUAUCUCUGGAAUAUAAAAUCUGAAAUAUAAAAUUUGAGAAGGCUUUUAAAAAAGAAAUGCCCUUAUGGGAUAGUUUACCAGAAAAAUUUAAUAUUCUUAAAAAAAAAUGGGGGACAUAAUAUUCUUAAAAAAAAAUGGGGGACAGAAAAAAAUUUUUCUUCAAUUUUUUUCAGUUACAAAAAUAUUUUUUUGUCUAAUUGUGGUAUACUGUCAUAGACAAAAUGAAAACAAACAAAAUGCAUCAAGGUUUAUUAAAAUUGACCAGGCUAGAUCCAGAGAUAAAUGUCCACCAGUUUUAAAAACAUUCUUAGUUCCUCUCAAAACUUUAAAAUCACCAGAUCUAGUAGGUCGAUUUUAAUAAAUCUUCAUGCAUUUUGUUUGUUUUGGUUUUCUCUGAUAGUUUACCAAAAUUUGACUAAAAAAAAUAUUAAAAUUUUUGUGACUGAAAAAAUUUUAAAAAAUGUAAAUUUUUUCAAAUGUUCUCCAUUUUGUUUUUUUUUAGAAUUUUAAAAUUCUGGUAAGUAAACUAUCACAUAAGGGCACUUCUUUUGAAAAACCUUUUCGAAUUUUAUAUUAAAGAUGUGCUGUUUUAGAGAUCAACUAACCAUCAUGAAGUAGUAGUUUUUGGACAAAAAUUUUUGGUGCAAUCUUUAAAAUACAGAAUCAAUGAAAUAAAAAAAAAUUUGUAAUCUUCAAAAGUUUUAUAAUAAUAUAAACAAAGCUUGAUGGCCAUAUAUAAGAGAUAAGAUACAAAACAAUUUGUUAAAAAUGUGCCAUUUCUUAUUAUUCUAGAUGGCAUUUGUACCUUAAAUAUAUAACAAAUUUGUUUGGCAGGUAUAUGUGUACCAAUGUCAGAUACAAAUUAAAAUUGAUAGGGCAUAUACAGGGUAUCAAAAAUUAAAGAGAAUUGUAAUAAGCAAAAUUUUUGUUAAUUAAAAAAAUUGUAUUAUUAUUCAAGUGUAUUUAUUCUAGUUGAAUAAUAGAUUUCUAUACAAUAGAACCAAUUUAUUUUUGUCUGUUUAUAUUGUUGAAAAGCUGAAUGUGUUGGCAAAAUGUUCCUAUAGGAUGUUUGCUCAGUUUGGGAAUAUAUUGAUAGAUUCAUUGUUGGAAAGAUAUACAAAUUUAAAUAACAGUAAUAGCAAAUACAAUACAAAAUUCUCACCUAAUAAUGGGAGUGGAAAUUCAUUAAUUUUCAUUAAAAACUUUCCAUUUGUAAAAAGAGUCAAUCAUGAGUAUCAAAAGUUUAAAAAAUAGAUGGUUAAGUAAACUUUUAUAUUUUAGCAGUUCAAUAUUGAUGAUAAACUGCAUUUGUUUGUUUAAAUAUUAGCUAUGAGCAUGUGUGCUUGGUUAUACAAUAAUUUUCAGCAUCAUCCAGUGGGUCAAAAUUUAACAAAUGUAGUAAAAAAAUGAUUAUUAAAUUUACUAGACAAUUGGGACUGGGGUCAGCAAACCUAGUUUAUUAGUAACACCAUUGUCUGUUUAGUUGUCCAUUUGAACAAUUGAAAUUAUUUUGAUACAUAGCUCAAAACAUUCUGUAAUAUAGUUUAACUACUUAAUCCAGUAAUACUGCAUGUGAAGAGCUAUACAUAAAAAUCAAACUACUCAAAAUAUAUGUAGGGUAACACUUUUGUAGCAUCAUCAUUUACUACUCAGCCAGUCUUCACUUUUAAUACUUUAUAAGGAAAGAAAAUGAUAAUAAUCAUAAAAUUACAAUCUUAAACUAUAAUAGUAGCUGUGUACACUAAAAUUAUUCCUACAGGAAUAACAUCAUCUCAUAUUUCUUAUCUAACAAGUCAAUCAAUCAAAACAGUGCUUUUUAGACAAACAAGACCAUGCUUCAUAGACAAACAAGUCUAAGUCACAUAUAGUAGGUAUGACAAUUGGGUUAAAAACCAGUUAUAAAUAAAUUUCAUUUAACAUUCAUAUAUAAUUUUCUUGUUUAAAGAUAAGAGAUAACAAAUAUUGGAUAUAUAUCCUUUGUUGUUUCCCCAUAAUUGAGGAUCAUCACUUCUUCCAAUACUCCAUAAUCAGUAAACCACUGUAUUCUGAAUUUGAUUUGACCAUCUAGUUAGUGACUGUCCUCUUGAUUUUGCAAAAAUUGGAAGUUAAUAGAAUAUAUUUUAUUUAGUGGUGGGUGUAUCAGUGUAUAUUGAGGGGAGGAAGAUUUGAUCUGCAAAGUUUAUAAUGUAUUUGCACACCAGCAUUAAUGGUUUUAUGUAGACCAAAAAUAAAAUAAAUAUAAUUUGAGUAAAAAAUAUUAUAUUUUUGCUUUAAUUUAGGAUACCCUGUAUGUAUCUAUAUAGUUCUGGUAGCUACUAUUGACCUAGAUAUUGCUGUCAAAGCAAUUUUUAGUAUUGUUAACUCUUCUUUCAGUACACUGUUGAUUGACAUACACCCUGUAUUUUUUAUUGUUUGAAAACAUCACAUGAUUGUAUUAUGCAGUACAUUGUUUUUAGAAAUUUUAUUAAGGCAUAAAGUUUAUUGUUCAUGAAUAUUUAAACAAAAGUUUUAAUAAUGCUAUUAAAACCAAAAAAUUACAGGUUUUGCUAAAAUUUAGUUCCUAACUAAAUGAUAAUCAUUUAUUAGGUUGUAUAAUUUUAAGUAGCCAAAUUGCAAUGUUCAUUAAAAAACGAAUCUGCAUAAAUUCUCAUACAUAUACCCUUGAACACUAUGAAUAUGUUUACCUAAAGUGUUAAAAAUGUAGUUUUUAAUUAAGAAACUAAUGAAAAUGAAGUAAAAUAUUAUUUUUGUGUAAAUGCUAUUUUUGUUUCAUCAUUUUGUGAUAUUUUGAAUCAUUUAUCAAAUAUGUAUUAUAUAGAUCUACAAUAUUUCUUUAAUAAUAACAGUUUUAUUUAUCAUGAAAAUAUUUUAUUUAUUUACUUAAUGUUAACUAGUACUAAGGAGGUCUCCUUCCCUAAAUAGCAGUUUCUUAAUUGAUACUCACAGCUAUGAAAUUUGUUACUUCUACCUUAUAUCUUCCUAUGAUCUCUCUGGAUAAUGUUUGGAAGAAGUUGAUUUCUCUUUCAUUUGACAAUAAUACAAAACUAGUACAGUGAAACCUGAGUUACCAGGAAACUUUUUUUAACAUUGAAUGUGGUGUAUGAGAGAAAUUUGGUAUCAAAACUGGAUAAAGUGGAUUUCUUCACCAUCAUUUGAUUAAGUUAUGCAGAGGUUGUUUCAGUGUAUAAAUUUUUAUUGGAUAUACUUUUAAAAUUUCAGCUGGUUAGUAUUUUUUUCAUUGUUAUAAGGGAAGUCUUUUUAUUGCCUUACUACUAUUUACUCCACUUUGUUCACUUAUUUCUAUUAUUUUGAAUAAUCAUUUAUUAACUAAUGUUUUUCUAUAUUAUUUAUAAUAAAAAACCAGUUAAAUAAAAGCUGUGGUUGAUUUUUGUGAAGAAUUUUUUAUUUUUUGGAUAAGUUAAUCUUUUUAUAAAUUAAUCUGAAGAUUUCAGAAUAAAUGUAAAUUUUUCUGGUUUGGUAAAAGUUCUGUAUCUUGAGAACAGUACUUGUAAUAGUUUAAUUAGUGCUAGUAAUUCCAAAAUGAAACUUUAUUAUGCAAGGACUUAUAGUUAUUUACAUAAAAUUUUAAUGAACAACAUUUGGGAAUUGUUUAGAUUUUAUUUUUGAUAAUAAAAUACACUUAUGUAUCAUUAACAUUAUGAGUACACACUUUCUGACAAGAUGAUGAAACCUAAUCAAUAUUGAUUUAAAACUUGAGAUGUUUAUAUAGAAAAUAUUGAAAUAUCAAGAAUACCUCAAGAGAUAUAGGUCUCAUAAGUAGUAGUGAUUUUGUAAUACACUUAAAAACAUCAAUGCAAUACAUUUUGUGGAAUAAUUUUAAAUUUUUUAAUUCAUUUGAAUAAAAAUCUCAAAAAAUUUUUUCACCAGCACC